GAACGGAGUAUAGAGGAGCGCCGACUGGCCCAUUCGCAAAGGAGAAGUCUCAAAGAAAGCGGUGACUAUCUUGGCGUUCAAGGUGUCAACCCUGGUACUGGGGAAUUGGAUGUUGUUACACCCUCUACAAGCAGCUCGGCAACCUGGGCCCUGGACCAGAAGUUGUCGUCAUUUCAGAAGCCGCAGAGAAAACCUGUGGUUGAUCGCAGAGGAGCUACGGUAUUGACUGAGCAAGACACGAAGCGUGUCUUAAACCGCGAAAAAGAGAGAUUUGCUCGGAAGGAUCGAGAAAAAGAAGCGCUUCGCCGUGCUCAGGACAAGGUCCAGUGGAAGCAAUAUCGACAACAGUGGUCAUCUGCACGUGGACCUGGCCUGAGUCCUAUCGCGCAGUCAUCAGGAAGCAUGUCCAACCACGGCUCAGUAACUAAGGACGGUCGCAUUUCGCCGAAGCCUCGAAGAGUACAAGAUCUCCUUGAGUCGGCAUCGAACAUCUCAGGCUCCAAGAGACUUGCACCGAAGCGUAUCAUAGUCGAUAAGGAUCACGCAGAUUCUUCGGAUACGAUCGUACACCAUUUCUACCAGAAGAAUUAUGAUCUUGUGCCUCUUGGUGAUACAGAACCCAUAGGCAAUGGUAUCUCCUUUGAUGUCAAACCAUACACAACUAAUCCGCCACAUCACUCCAAACUUCCAGACCCGGUGUGUAACGACGGUCCAAAGUCCCCUUCGACGCAGAAAACCCCUCCUACUCCUUAUUCGCUGCCUAGCGGUAACUCGAACAUCACAAUACUACCACAGCCCAACAACAAUGCGAAACCAGCCCCUUUUUUAGUCCAGCAGCCUCUGGAGGAAGUCGAGCCGGGAGACGAGCAAGCACCCCCGGUCGAUUCCAUCCAGACGGCGCAAUUGAGCGUAGGAAAGAACGAUUUGCAAAAACGAACUCUAUCAGACCAACUGAGCAGGAAAAAAUUGGGGAUGAUUCCGUUGCCCCUCGGUCAUUCGGGCACAACCUUGAACAACAAACAAUCGGCCAGCAAUCUCAGCCGAGUCUUUUCCCUGGACAAAACCCACGAACUUCAGAACCACUGGCCGGAACAACAGAGAACAGAGAAUCCCAUCAUAGAAGACUACUUUCACCCGAUGGCAUACGAACAGAAUCCUCAAAUGCACGCAACCCAGGCCUUCGAUACCCAGAACGAAACCACAAGAGAACAGGUUCUCACACUCGAAGCAAAUCCGUACGUUUCGAAGAUGAAGACAUCAGCCAAGCCUCCCAUGAAGGAAGUUACAGUGACCUUAUCCCGGUCAGGGUCAUCUUCGACACAUCUGCUUCCUUCAGUAAUUCCAAAGCCGUCACCAACAGGCAAGAGGGCCAAGGAUUAUCUUCAGGAUCCAGUUGGCAAACAUCUCGGGAUGGUGGAUUUCAUACCAACCCAGGAGAGCUUUCUCCCAACGGAAGAGAUGGGGAUCAGAGAAAAGUCGACACCACAUUGCAUUCCAAUGUGGACUAUAUCAAACCAGGAACAGGCCGAGGAUCGGACGGCAACCAACAGUGCUCUCAUGCACACCACCACCACUACUGGCUUCGACCAAAGUCUUGGUAUGCUGAGCCAAUGCGAAGAGCCCCAAGACAGACAAGGGAGCGAAAGGUGGAGUGUAAUGACACAUCGACACUCAAGUCGGCUAUACGACGAUCAAAUGUCAACAUCGACAGACGAGACAUCAGCGGUACCAUUUCAGUGCCGCCCCAGCAAUCUAGCGGAACAGUCGGCAGAGAACGAACCAGCGACGUCGGCUCAUUACCAGUUAUGCAGCCCAGCAUCGACGUCGACAGACAGCUGUCCAGAAAAGCCGGCACAUUACCGAGCAAGCAAUCCCAUAUUGACAACCAAGGGAGGCAGCCGACCGAAGUCAGUUCAUUUCCGCUUCAACAGCCCGGUGCUAAGUUCACGAGAAAACAACCCCACAACGUCUCCUCCUUGCCGGCUCAAGUGCCCGGGACGCGGUCAGGCUCUGGUUUCGAGAGACAGCGAUCUGAUACAGACCCUCCCAAAGCCUGCGAUCCGGGAGGUGGCCGUGAGGUCAUAUGCAAGCAAUUCCCUUGUGGAAGAGAACCUUCAGGUGGACUUGACGGAGGACUCUGUCACAUCACACACGUCCACGUCUAUAUUACCCCUGAGCGUCUUGGGGGAAGCCGUUCACCACAUCUACAAAACGAACAAAACUUUAGAAAUGCCCAGGCCCGCAUUGCCAGAGUUGGACAACAGGACGGUGGAAACUCCGAAAAGAAGCGUUCCAGUGAGCAAGAGAGGAAAUACAGACGCUCACAACUUGAAGAGCUUACCUCUCAAUGGCGUAGUCAGAACCAGGAUACAAAAUGGUGUCCACAUGAUCAAAGCAGCCAACAAGAGCAAAGCAAUUCGGAAAGGCCGCAAGGCCAAUGGUGCGAUUCCGGAAUUGAUCAAGCAUGCCAAGUCCCAUUUGGUAACGAUGCGAGGCGACUCCAACUCGAGCACAGCAUCUUUGGAGAGUCGCAACAUGCAAGUCGCGAAAUCGGAGGCUAUCACGAAUGGAAACCUACUGUUUUUGGACAAACAGAGCAACCGCAAUCAACACAAACAGCACAAAUUGGUGAGGCAAGCGCUAUACAACAAGUGCAACACGACACUGCCACCCAACCCGGUCAAACAAGUCAGUCUAAAGAAUCUAGCCACGUCGACGGUUGGCUGCAACGGCUCGACUACCCGGAAGGCCAACCGCUCCGAAGACGGCGCCAUCGAAAGUCAUUUGCGAAGAGAGGAAUGGAAUAGGAAGAUGCAGGAACACGCCACUCAAGGCCAGCAGCUCGUGAUUAGCUUGGCCAAGUCGUACUGGGAACUCAUAUCACCAUGCUUCGUUCCGACAUCGCCUCUCAGACAGCGAGUCGAUGCUUACAAGUCGACCUGGGCAGACGUUUGGGUGGUCCUGCUUGCGUUGAUCGGCGGUUUCAUCUCAUUGGCGGCAGCAAUCCGGACGUCACAGGGGAUCGCAUGGGUGAUGCGGAUGAUGCGAACCAUGCUGGGGAUCUGA